CAUCAAUUUCGUUUUCUCCAUCUCUUCCAUGGCCUUGUCGCGGUCCCUUCAACCUGGCCUGCAGUGCCUACGACAGGCCACUUUUUUGCGUCAAUUUUCUUCAUCGCUGCCUCUUCUGCAGUAUGGCAACAGCAAUAGCGACGGCUUCAGAUCUCAUUACUAUCAGCCCAUGGCAGAAUUCCAGAGCGGCUUGGUACCAACACCGACGGCCAUAGAACAAAUGCCAGUCCGCGACAAUGCUGGUCCUACUCCCGAGCAUGUCUGGAAGACUCAUGUAAAGACUGUGUAUGACGCUACCAAAGAUAUGUCUCCUCCAACGGCUUACUCUGGUCGCACGGUCAGGGUUCGCACCAACAUCAUGGACUCUUACGCCAUGCUCUCCAACCUCCUCCAGCGAAACAAUGUGCGAAGAGAAUUGGGCAAGGCUUCGCGACACGAGAAGAAGGGCGUCAAGCGGCGGAGACUGGCCAGUGAAACCUGGCGGAGAGUAUUUGCACACGAGGUCCGGAAUUCUGUCCAACUUGUAGCCAAAAUUCGCAGUCGCGGAGCUUGACAUGUGUACCGAAUUAAUGUAAACGUUUCGAUAUUCUACCUGUGUGAUUUGCCAUUCUAUGCGUUAAGUAUGUGCGUCUUUUGGGCCCUUUUAAUUCAUGCAUUUCCUCCAUCAUGUGUCGUUACCGAUCCUAAUUUACGGUCACAAGACGCUCGUCC